AUGGCGUUCUCCUGCCCCUUCACCCGCAGUUGUAGCCUCGUGUUCUUGCUCUUUGCUUCCGUCUCCGCCUUCGUCGUCCGGAGCCAGCAGCCGCAACCCGCCCUCCUCCCGGCAGCCGAGCGGGAGGCCGUGUAUCGCCUGGAAUCUCUCAACCCCGCCGUCGGGUGGCGCUCUCUCUACCCUGACGACGUCUGUCUCUCCGGCCCACACGGCGUCGUCUGCGAUGUAUUUCCACACGGCAGAGAGGGAAGAGGGGGCGGAGCUGACAUUGCCAUGCACGUCGUCGAGCUCAACUUCGGUCACAUCUCUGAAUUCAGCCCUAACCCACCCUGCGGGCUCUCCCCCGCCUUCCCCGAUCGUUCAUCCUCCUCCUCCUUCCCUUUCCUCCGGAAGCUGCUCUGGGGUUUCAGGGGGCAUCCCGGAUGAGAUGGGCAAUCUACGAAGACUCCUGCAGCUCGUCCUCUCCCGAAACCGGUUACGCGGGGAGGUCCCCAGGAGCAUCGCCCGGUGCGGGGAGCUGAAGAUCCUGGAUCUGGGCAGCAAUCGGAUCGCAGGCCUCAUCCCGCCGGAGUUUGGACGUUUAGAGGCCCUCGUGAAGCUGGACCUGAGCGGGAACCGCCUCUCCGGUUCCCUUCCCGGGGAGCUCUCUGGCCUCCGGCAGCUGGAGUUCCUGGACGUCAGUCGGAACAACCUCACCGGCGGAGUCCCGGCGGCUCUGGCGGGGAUGGGGAGCAUGAAGGAGCUCUACCUCAGUGGGAAACCGCUCGGCGGGCGCAUACCGGAGAUCUGGGAGAAGCUAGGGGCCCUCGUGCGUCUCGGUAUGCCACGUGCAGGCCUGGUGGGUGGCAUCCCGUCCUCCAUGGGGGUGUUCCUCGGGAACAUCUGAUACCUGGGCCUGGGUAACAACCGCCUGGAGGGCGGAGUGCCGAAGCAGUUCAGGCGCCUGGAGGGGACCGCAAAGGAGAUCGACCUGGGGAACAACCUGCUGGGCGGGCGCGUCCCCUUCUCCGCCAGCUUCGUGGCCAAGGUCGGCGGGAAGCUGAAGCUCUUCGGGAACCCGCGGCUGUGCCUCGACGGGGAGCUGGCGGGGAGGGCCGGAGGCGGCCUAGGUUACCUGGGGCUGUGCGACGAUAGAACACAGAUCAUCAUCUCCCAUCCUCCCUCCUCCUCGGGGGGGUCCUUCCCGUGGAGGCGACGGCCGCCGUCUCUCUUCUUCCUCUCGUGGGUGCACCUGGGUGUCUUAGUCUCCCUCUGGGUUUUGUAG